AUGGCCGACCCCGAUGAGUGGUUUGUUGGGGAAGACGGGAUUUUGUCCGUCGGUAGGCCUACCACAGGUCUCACGUACCACUCGAGUCUGCAUACACUAUUAGUGACGACUAAGGAUCACGCUAUCCAAGUUUUAGAUGUAACAACGGGUGUUAUUCUGCAAAAUGCAGACUUUUCUGAGAGCAACAGUGGCAAUAUGCAGUGUACAUAUCUGGCAGAGAAGGACCGUGUUGUAUUCACAGAUUGUAAAGCCUUGGGGGUAAGAAGGGACUUCAAUGGGGUCCUACUCCUAGAAACUGCACUUCAGACUCCAGUUGGAAAAACUGAUGAUGUUGUCAAAGUUGAACUCCCGCUUCCAGAGGCGGGACACUUACUGCACCUACUAGUGACCGCAGAGUUACAGGGUGUUGAGUAUGUCGAGGAUUUACUCAAGGAACUGGAGAAAGAGAUAGAUGCAACUAGAGAAAGCACAAAGCACAACCUGAAAGUUGCCAAGUGGAGUACAGUAUGUCUUAAGCUACCACAUGCCUGGUUGAAGACAGUAUGUAGCGCUCUGGUGGCUGAAAUGAAACGUCUCCACCAUUAUGAACCUGGCCUGUCAGUGGCUUCAGCAGUUAGUGAUAGACUAGGAUACCUCUUAGUUGGCGGAAAGGAUGAGGUAAACAAUGGGCCUGUAGAUAGACUCAACAUGUAUAGUGAGGCUGCUCGUAGGGACACUUUUGGCAAGUGGCCUCAUAUGAACUACAAGUGGGCACUACCUGACCCCAUGGCCCAGGCAGGUUUCUACCACCAGCCUAAUUCUACAGGGGAUGACAGGGCCAUGUGUUUCACAUGCAAUGUAUGCUUAGUAUGCUGGGAGCCAACUGAUGAACCAUGGUCUGAACAUGAACGGCACUCUCCCUCAUGCCCCUUUGUAAAGGGAGAGUACACACAGAAUGUUCCUCUAUCUGUGACAUACGCCACUGGACCUGCUAUGUUGCAUGGUACACUUGAGGACAAGAUCACAGUCGUAGGAAGGACCUCAGAUGACAACUACAUAGCAACCUCUACUCAAAAUGGCAAUAUUGUGGUCUGGUCCAUGGAGAGAGUGCUCAAGAAACAUGUGCAGUUCAACAUUGACCCCCAAGAUGGUGUGGUCAGGGAAGUAUUGAAGAAAUCCCUGGGGGAAGAAUCAGGGAGCAGCAGUAAUAUUACGGAGGACUCCACUGGGGGGUCAACUAGUGCAGAACAAGCCACCCAGGACCUGUCAUCAGCCUCCAAUAUGGCACAAUCCACGGAAGGCAACGCAUCUCAUGAUGAGUGCAAUACUGUUGAGGCUGCCACCCAGCCUGUGGACAGUAACAAGGGUGUGGCCAAAAUCAUUGAACUGACAGGAGCUUGGCAGACUAGCCAGCUAGUGGGAGAGGAGACUGUUGAGAUUCCCCUAGGAGAUAACGAUAGGAAAGCUAUCAAAGAGGCUUUAGCUUGUGAAAGGUCAAGACCAUCAGAGGAUGUAAUUGUAUCUGCCUUGUGUGUAGUAGCAGGUGGCAGAGAUGUACCCCCUUCCUCCCUGACCCAGCAGCCUGCUAGACCCGCCCUAAUCUCUGGAGUCCAGUUCAGGACCACCCCACCCCCUCCUCCUACAGUGGACACUGUUAAUACAAGCACCGGUGAAGAAGUUGCUGCUCUGAAUGAAGUAAACCAAGCAAUUAGUGAAGACAAUAUAUGUGAGAUCAUCCCUAGUAGAAGUGACUCACCUAAACCAGAAUUAAAACCUUAUUUGGUUGUGCAUGACAUUCUGGGCAGUAAGCCCCCGAGUAGCAAGGUCAAGGCCAGUGAGAUGAAAAUUAAACCUCCAAGCAGUGGCAUGGUGAGUGGUCUACAGGACCUCUACAUGCACAUGCAAGAUAUGAGUGACAUGGAGGAUAAUGAUAUGGAGCUUUCAGAGAUAUCUGGAAUCCACCCACAGACAAUCACACCUACAAUUGUGUCAAAGUUUGGUGGUGGUGUAACCCCCUCAACGACGUUCGGUACGGGGAGUAGUAAUGUCUCAAAGUUCGGGAAUGUCGUUGAAACUAAGGUGACUAUACCCAAACAGAAGGAAGUGACGUUAUCAAAGACAAACUUCGAGCUUCAUAAUUCAGUCUGUGAUGACAAAAACUCAAAAUCAAAGAAAAAGGAGACCAGUGAUAAAAGCACUAAUACUUUGCCUGUAGGGGUGACUUAUAAAGAUGGCAAGAUAGUGCAGUGUUUGCAGUUAAAGAAAUGCUUUCAGCCUGGGUUCAGUAUUAGCUCAGUAGUGCCCCUACCUGGGGGAAAACAUGUAAUGGUUACCAAUGUACCCCAAUGUGUACAGGACUCCAUGGGGGAUGGGGACACUAGGAGUACAGACACAGAAAUUACAGACUGGGAAUCUAAGUGCUCUUGUGCUGGUAUAGAGGAUCAAGGGGGGUGCGUGUGGGUAUAUAGUAUGGACUAUACGGGUGAUGUAGUGACACUUAAACCAGAACCAACCAGGCAAUUCCCCAUUGACUCUAUAGGAUCUAGUAUAACAUCUACAUUAAUUUUGCCCUCGGAUAUUGCCUCAGGGGUAGAAGAUGAUGACAUGGGGGGUAAGGGAGUAGAUCCUGAGGGUGAGGAUGGACUUGAUGUGGGGGGUCAAAUUGCAGUGACAACAUAUGAUGGGAGGGUGCAGAUCAGGAGUUUGAACUCUUGGUCUGUUCUGGCUGAGAUGAAACCUACUGAAGAGGAGGAUAAAUUCAUAUCUCUAGCCUUCUGCUCAGGUGUUGACAGGCUUUGUGCAGCCACGAAGAAUGGCAAGCUUCAUUUCUAUAUGAUCGGUCCCCAGAUUCCAGAAUUUAGUGAGAUAGACAUGUUAGAACACAGUUCCCCUGUACGUGAGAGACAGAGAGACAGUCAUACCUUUGCCACAAGUACAGUCACAAAGUCCCAGUCUGUACCAAAGGUCACUUCAGGUGAUGAUCUCUUAGUUAACCAACCUCUUACUGCUGAAGUCCUUCAUACUCUACACAAUUUAACACAGUUUGAGAACCUCAUGCCAAGAUUCUCCGCAACUGUGCCACCAUGUUGGACAGAGAUCCAGCAGGAGCAGCAACAGAGGAGGCACCCGCAGCAUCUGCAGCAGCAGGGAGAGGCAACUCAACAUACACGCACAUGGAGGCUGCAGCCUGAUGGGAAUACAUGGGAUGAGCAUCUAUUUGAAGUUGUCCUCCCAAAACCCUGUUGUGUGGGCCACAUAGACCUCAAGUUGACCUUCCACCAGCUACGUAGCACACCCCCAGCACUACGUGUCACCCUCCUUAAACAGAAUAUCAGCAGCCUUGGCCGCCACCCUAACAGCCCAACUCUCCCUGAAGUCUACCCAGAGAUGACUCCCGUUGACGUGGAUCAAAAAAUCAACUUUGAAAACUUAGAAGAGCCUAAAGUGACAAAGUUACAUUCAGGAUUUAGUGCAGAGUUCCUGGAGAAACAUAAUGCUGAGGUGUUAUGUGGCCCAGUUGAUGUUGGACCAUGUGUGGACCUCUCAGGUCACAAUGCUGUCAUUUCACUCACAAGUCCCAUGUUAUUGAAGGUGAAAUCGAGGUCUUUCUUGGUCCAUCUUAAGGUUCUGGAAACCACUCAGAAGUCAUCACAAGAGGCUGCUGCAUCAGCUGAAAAAGAGAAACCCUCAGAGUCAAGUGCCAAAAAGAAGAAAAAAGAAAAGACGUUCAAGUCUCUGUUCGAUAACUUUGAGUACCCAGGGUUCUCUGCAGUUGAACGCUUGUCUCCUCAGCCAUCGAAAAAGGUUGUUGAAAGUCUACGGGGAUGUAAUUGGAUCCAAGAGCUCUCAAUCACUAUCAGAAAGGCAAAGAAGAGUACAGUGGCUAAAGACAGAAUCCAGAGAUGUGCAAUGUUAGAUACGACAUCGUUCUAUGAGCAGUUACUGCUGACUGUAUGUGACAGUGACACUAGGGUGUCUCACCAGAGCAGUCUUGCAUACAGACAGAACACUGCACUGGAUAUACUAUGCUGGAUCACUGCCUUACAGAUGAAUCACCCUGCAGACAGUGGAGACCAACACAGUAGUGUGAUCUACACCAUUCAGUCCAACUUGAAUGGACUCAUCAAGGCUUGCUUCAUAGACAAUGGUAGAACUGUGGCCCAUAGAUGUGCUCGUCUACUAGCUCUUUGCAUGGAGUUUACAAAGGGAUCUGAUGACCCUGACAUGGCUCCUGCUUUCAACUUUAGCCUCUUGGUGGCGCUACUAGAGUGCCUUCCCAUGAUUCCAAGAGCUAAAUCGGCAGGCUCCUUACACUGGUACUUUAUGCUGUUGAAUCGUGUGAAAUGUAUGGAUGCAGGAGUGACUGGACAGAGGUGUGCUGAACUCUUGGCUCAGGUUGCUAGCAGUUAUCAUGAAAGGUUGAAUCCUCUACAUUCUAUACUCAAAGCAAGGUAUGGUUUGUACGGUAGCCCCUUAGAUAUAGAGAUGUUUGAUACGGAGCCCCCUCCCGUCUUGAAGACAUCCAACAGCAGCAACUCCCCUUCCACAUACGCAUCCAUCGUACAGAAUAAUAACAACAACCUUGGUAGCCUUGUCAAUGACAACUUUCCAACAACAUCAGCUGGUACAACCAGUAGUAACAACAACAACAAUGUUGGAGGUCCCCAGGGAUUUGACGAAGUUGACUUUAGAGAUUUGUUAAGCCUAAGUGGUGAUAAGGGCAAGAAACAGGGGGAAAAGGGGACCAUACAGUGUUAUGGCUUACUUGAGGUUGAACCUUUACAUUUUACAUGUCACGCCACUAGUGACGGAACUAGAAUGGAACGUUUAGACUCUACGGGGAUUGUGAGUAACGUCUCGGGAACUUCAGGGCUAUCGGGGACUAUAAAUUUUGCCGAAGGUUUGCCAAAUGUGUCACAGGCGGGAGCUGCUUUGAUGUCACUUUCCACAGCAAUGGCGUCAGCUGAACAGCAGCUUUCACAGCUACAGCAGAAACAACAGCAGUUGAUUAAGCUACAAUACCAGAAGCAAAAAUUGGAGCAGAAAUUAGCAGAGACAAAAGCUGGAGGUCCUUCGACUUCUCAACCUUAUAGCUACUCUACUGACCUGAUGCCCCCUACCCCCAAGAAUACCCCAUUUUUCAUGACACCCCCAGUGACCCCACCCAAUGAGGCCUGGACCUCUGGGUUGGGAACAUACUCUACUGAGACUGACAUAGGCAAACCACCAUCUGGGCCAAGUUCCAGUCAAGGCUCAGGAAAAGCCACUCCUAAGAGUUCAGUGAGUAAGAGUGAGUCGGGACAGUUGUGCAAUGUACCCCUACCCAACACCCAACAACUUCUGCAGCCACCUCCUGCACAGGUUCUAGUCAUAGAGAGGAUGCACUCCGGGGCACGGAGGUUUGUUGUCUUGGACUUUGGUAAACCUAUUCUGUUGACCGACAUUAUCAUCCCUGCAUGUGCAGAUCUUGCGUCACUCUCAAUUGACGUGUGGACUCAUUCUGAGGAAUCUGAUGGUCAGCGAUUGGUCGUCUCAACAGACAUUGGUCUCCGUUCUCUCAUUAUGAAUGAUCUCAUAUCACCACCUAUCUGCCGCUAUUUAAAAAUCACAAUCAUCGGGCGAUAUGGCGGGAAUGCAACCCGCUCCCGAAUCCCUAUUGGUAGUUUCUAUGGAAACACUUUCAUUUUACCAUGGGAGUCUGAAAAACCUCAAACUGGAGAGACUACUGAUGGUGUUUCAAAUCAGAACUUCUUAGAUCAGUCUCAAAUUCUAGGCCACCUUGCUACCAUGAUUAACCUGCAAGAGGAUAUACAGUGCCGCUAUAGCUUGGCUAGAAAUAGGCUUGAGUCCCUACUGUUAGGCCUUGACAGCACACAGAAUGUUAACUCCCACACUACGUAUUAUCUGAGCAAGGGGAAACGCAAUGAAGAAGACACCAAGAUAUUCCACGCUUACAAUGAUUGCCUCCAGUUACAACUUCAGUGGAAUCUUGCUAAACACGCUAUGGAGCGACUGCAAGAGACAAUUGGUCUGAACACCCCAAACCACAUUCUGGCCAACACGGGUAUUUUAAUCAAACAGGCUUCAGUUGAUCAUCUACGUGUGAUAUCCGAGCUAUUAUUAAACACGAUCCUCAGUAUGACUAGCUCGACGCCAACUAUCCCCCAGCCCCCAGUGACGCUAUACACAGUGUUUGAUCUAGGAUUCUGUGAGGCAUUAUUCAACAAACUGUGUGUAUGUGGCUCAAGGCAGACACAGGUGACUACAGGGAUGUUGCUAGUAAGGCUGUGUGGGAACCAGCCCUGGUGGGGGGACUUUCUUGGAAGAGCCUUACAACAGCUCUACAGUACUGAGCAGCAUCUUACCUUCCCCCAAGACAGGGUGUUUAUGUUGUUGAGUGCUCUGGCCCAGAAGGCUCUUACAGGAAACAAGGGGUCAGAUAUGAUAGACAGCCUCCUUGCUCUCCUUACUAAGCUACUGUCCCCUUUGACUGGAGAGUACCAGGCUUAUGCAAACAGUCAUGGUAGCCUAGACCUCCAGUUAGUCGGAUGGCUAGUACUGCUGUUAUCCAGGUGUUUAGACAGUACACAGCUUGCAACAGGGGCAUCUGAGGACAAUGGAGCAAGUGGAGGGAAAGACAAGGAGUCAACAUCAACUGGUACAACCACCAGCAUCUCAAAUAGGUGGGACUUUGUACAGGGUGAGACAGCUAUAUCUAACCAACAGACAGUUAGCAAGAGCAACAACCUGCGCCAAUAUAGGCGACGUCUGCAGAAGAGGCUCAUGCACCACAAGCAACAACUCCUAGAUAUACAACAGGCUAAGAAGCAUUUCAUGAGCUCCCAGAUAGAGAAGUCUGCAAUAGGGUUGAAUAAGGAAGCAGAAGCAGCCUUAAAACAACAGGAGGCUAUCUUCAAGAAACAGCUUAAACAGUAUUCAUCAAAGCAUUACAAGGACUUCAUGCAGAUAAGAAGAUUUGAGUGUGAGGUGCUCAAGAAACUGCCUAAGAAUGGAAAGACUGGAACCAAUGGGACUACAGGAGAAGCAGAUGGGGAUCUAGAAACUCUGGUAGUGUUGCCAAGGGAUCGUUGCAUCCCUGUUGUCAAGGGACUGAUCAAUCUGUUGUUGUCAAUGGACUUUACAUGUAAUGUUGAUCUGUUCUUGGUCUCUUGUAAGGUUGUAGCAAAAGUGUGCAUGUCAUGUCGACCUGCAGUGACACUAGCAGAGAUGAUGUCACAGAGUGAGCUGGAGAAACUACUAUUGCGAUGCACAGAUCUGGAGCAUAACCAUGGCAACAUAUCCUGGGGUGGUCCCUGGGCAGGGCAUGCUGUCUCCUGUCUUUUACAGGAUGUACUUGAAGGUGAAAAGAUCUUCCCUAUAGUUGAAGAGACAGAAAUAGAGAGUGAGGGAGUAAGUGAAGAGGAGAUAGCUGCUAUGUCUGAACCAGAUGAUGCUACCACUCCACCUGAGGCCAGUGAGACUGUGGAGGUAACGGAUGACUCCAUAGCACACAGCAUCAGUCUGCCCAACAUAGAGGAAUCACAUCUAACACAAGCUUCAGGUGGUGAUACAUCCAAAGAUGACAGCUUCAAGUUUGACCAGGAGUCGUCACUGAUCGUAGAUAUGUUACUGGAGGACGAACAGUAUGAUGACAUCACCAAUAUGCACCUUCAGGACUACAUCACUGGAAAUGCAGGAGUCUCCGUUUCUCAAACCAACAAUGAGAAUGUUAAUGUACAGGUGAUUCAGGUCCAACCAGCACCAGGCUCAGAAACCACAGAUAACACCACAACUACAUAUAAAAGUUGGACCCCAUGGGGCCCUCCUAACAGCAGUAAACUAAUCUCCAACUACACGAAUCAUCUUUCACCAAAACUACAGCAGUCUUUGAAGAAGUACUACAGCAUUGCCAACCUGAGCAAGCAGCAAGAGCCUCCUCCCCUGAAGACCUUCUACAUGGAUGAUAAGAACCCAAAGAUGGACAAGUGGAGGAGUAAACUUACGGAUCUGAUUGUUCAUAAAUCAUCACCACCCCAAGGUGUGUCUACAGCCAUGGAUGCCAGGCUUGAGACUGGACUAGAUAUGAGAGCAGAGCUACGUCUUAGGGUGAUGCAAUCUCUUGAUGUUGAGAAUGUACAAAGUGCAAUCACUAGCCCUCUACCUGCAGUGCCAUCUGGUGGGGCCCAGAAGAACCCCAGACAACAGCAGUCAGUCACUGAUGAUGAAUUGGGCGGUAUCAAUAUAGUAGUUAGGCCACCUGUAUCUUCUACAGAGAUGCUGAGUCAGUGUUUCAGUCAACUCUUCACUCAGCUACAGCUACAAAGAGUCAACCUUGACACCAUCCUUGAACUCUGGCUGACCCUGAAUGAUGAAACCUCAUUGGAUGAUAACAAUCAGGUGACAUUUGACCCAACUAGGGUUCCAUCUAUUGGUCUAGAUGAGCAAGCUGUGACAAGUUUACUGGCAGCUUUAGCGUGGUCUCCAAGCGUAGCGGUGCGCACGUGGGCCCUAGCAUUCAGGACUCUCACCCUAUUGGCUAAUGUAAAGGUGUCAGAUAGAGUUGGGAGGGACAAGUGGCUGGCCACUGUCAUGGUGGCUGACAGCAACAUGAGAGCUGUCAUAGUGAAGUUCCUCUCUGGAUCUAACCCUGGGGGAUCAUCUGUGGCACAGAAUAGCUGCACACAGGUUGGACCUUCUACAGUACAAGCGUUCCAUGAGUUCCUAGUGAGGCUGCAGUUGUGUGUUGCAGAGCCAAGCAAGAGUCAUUUGAAGGAAUCAGUUCUUAAGCUAGUCUUUACUCUAACCACUGACAGGGGUGCAUUCCACAGUGGUACAGGUCCCAUAGAUGCCCAGUGCAAGCUACUAGAGCACAUUCUAGAACAGAACUUUGACAAUGUUGACAUCAACAAUGCAAUUAGUGUGAUUGAGGCAAUCAGUGCCCUUGUACAUCAGCACAUCAUUUCGCAAGAGAAGGUCACAUGUAAGAGCACCUCCGAGGGAUCAGUCAGUGCACGGUCAUGUUUUGGAGGAUUGUUCUCUAGUAUGCUACGGCCAGUUAGAUCUAAGUCAAUGUUUGGUGAUUCGUUUAGAGAUGUUCUUAUGUGUGAUUUGUUGAAGCUGGUGAACAUUUUAUUACAAGUGGAACUACCUGGUAGGGGUAGUAAUUUAACUGACCAGCAGAGGGCAGAAUCAUCAGUUAGCUCAGAGUCGGCUCCUGAUUCAACUGCUUCAGUUUCCCAGUCAGAUGAAGAAAAACAAAAUGGAGGCUCUUCUAGUACAGACACUGGUCAGACAGAUGAGGAAAAAUCUGAGAACCCAACCCCUGUGGUUCAGCCAAUUAGGAUUAGAUCUUGCACUCAUUUUAAAGACAUGAAAAACCCAGCAUUGACUGGCAAGAAAGCUUGUUUAGCAGACGUUAUUUUAGGUCACAAUCACACUAUGGCUAACCUACUCCAGGCUCUGGCAUGUUGUCAUAGCAACACAAUGGCUAUGAUACUAGGGAGCAGCGGUCUCCAAGGCAACAUACAGGAGAACUUUACAGGCAUUGAUCCUGUAUCAGUUGGUGAUGGAAUAUUCCAGAUUCUGUGUACAUUGAACUGUAGGGCCACUUCACUGGAGCUAAUGUUGAAGCCAAUACAUAGCUACCUAAGUGCAGGGUUCCAGGGGGGCCACAGGGCUACGGGGGUCUGUAGACUCAGUGAGCCUUUACUGUGGCUCUUCCUCAGGGUCUUGGACUGUCAAUAUUCCCUCAAGAUAUUCCUUGAUAUGGGUGGUGUUGCAAUUGUCUGCAGAAACCUGGUGGAAUCUAACCGGCAUAUAGUGAGCACUAAUCCUAGUAUGAUAUCAACCUUAAUGCAGUACCUUAGUUCACACAAUAGACAGUCAGGGAGUUCCAGCAAGAAGCCAACCUCAGCUCCAGCAGAUAGCAAUGGGGAUGGUCUGCAGAACUUUGCACCUCUUGGAACAAUAUCAUCCAGUAGUCCAAGUGCAGGACCAGCUGAGGUGUUAAUACAACAACUGCCCCCUCAUAGGCGUAACCGUUCUGCCGCCUGGAGUUACCAUUUCUACCCUGAUGAAGCCUGGGUCGACCUUACCAUUGUUCUGCCUUGUGCCAUACUAUUAAAGGAAGUCCACAUAAUGCCACAUGUCAUCUCUCUCUCAACUUGCCCAUCUUCAGUUGCCAUAGAAAUCAGCAGAGAUGGUUCUAUUAUGAUGCCUAUAUGUCCUCCAGUAGUUACAAAUGGCCUCACUUCAAUAAAAUUGCAGUUGCAUAAACCGGAGGUUGCCAGUAUGGUGACUAUACGCCUUCACAAGCCCAGGGACUCUACAACUAUAGGCCUCUCUCAGUUGAUGUUACUUGGGCACACAGCAUUUGGACAAGAUAGUUCACCAAGGGGAACCACCAUCUUUACCCCCUCUGAGGACUAUGUUUCUAAGACAAGUAUUGGUUGGUUGCGUAUGCUUCACCACUGUCUGACCACAGCUGAGGACUUACAGCCAUACAUAGCAAGCACCGCACCAGGUAGUAGGGACCUACUGAAUACCUGUACAGCCCUCCUAGUGGCCCCCAACUCUUCCAUGUAUGCCUCUAACAUAGAAUCAGUCCUCCUGAAGAUAGGUCUCCACUCUACAGAGCUUGGCAUAGCUGUCAUUGAUAAUCUGCUGCGUAAUAUGGCUCAGCAAGAUGACCAAUCAGAGUCAGGUGGUCAACCAUGCCUGUAUGGUAAGGUAAAUGGCAUUGCUAAUGACUCAACCAUAGAGAUCCUAUAUCAACUUGGGAUUAAACAAAAUGACGGGUCUCAAGCCAGGGUCCAGGCCAUGCUGCAAUGGCUGGGUGACAGUGCCAGGAUCGCGUUACAGAAGAGCGCCAUCUAUCCUGACGAUGGUUGGAGGGAGUCGCCACGUGAAACCAGUAGCUUUGAGAUAUUGCCUAGUCCUGCCGCUGCACAUGUACAUUGUAUAGCAGCUUUGUUGUGGCACAGUCAGGAACUGGGGGUGGUAUAUGAUCUGCACCAGGUGGUCACUAGAGAUCUACUCAGUUGCCUCUAUGAGUGGUCUACUGUAUUAGAAAGUGGCAGCUCCUUGAAGAAAGCUGUAGACAAUGUGAUCUGUUCAAUGUGUUAUAUACACCCCCAGUAUUUCUCCACGCUGCUUGAAUGGAUGGGAAUCAUCAACAGUGGAAAUGUCAUUGACGUGAACAUUACAGAUGAUUGUAAACACCCUCGUCAACCUGAGUCUAUAUCUCAAACUGACGACUCUAAAGAAGCUAAUGCAGCUGCUAGAAACUCUCAGCCAAUAAUCUUACAAGAAUUCAGUCAUAUGAUUCUUGAUGAGUCUCAUUUUGGUAUCCUAGCAACAGCAUGUCAGUCGCCAUUAGCAAUCAAGCAGUUGUUGUAUUCAGGCUUCCCAGGGGUGCUAGCCCAGGGAUUGAUGGAUUUCUGUGCAAGAGAGGUGGCUCGAUGUGUUGAUAUGAUGAGCCCAAGUUCAGAGGAGGAUGUGUUUAAAGGUGGCGCCAGCAGUCAGACUACACCUAGAUCGGCCAGUAGAAGCAGCAGCAGCGAGUCAUAUGGAUUAGAGAAGGGAGUAAGCAUUACUGCAGAUCUGGUAUCUGCUGUGCUACAGUUCUUGGCUGAGAUUGGCAAAGAGUCCCUUGUAAAGGACUGGCUUGGGAGCAAUGAUGGCAACAUAUUCUGGCCUAUUCUUCUUACCAUGCUCUGUACCUCACCCCCAAAGACAUCUAAUCUCAACCCAGCACACCCCCAUAGACACAAGGUGCUGUCCAGCCAGCAGAGGUCAUCUAUAGAAACCUCGGCAAUUGCCUUCUUCUCCAGCGUCAUCUCCUGCCACACAGCCAAUCAGAUGCUGUUUGCUCAGGUACUCUGUGAUGUCAUUAGAGCCCAGAAGAUAGCACCAUCCAAUGGACAGUGGGGCCAGGCUCACCUAUCUGGGUUCACUAGGAGGUUAUUCCUACAAGUCCUCUUAGAAGAUGAGAAGAUCCUGGUGUGUGUUCGUACAUCAUCCAGGGCCACGAGCCGUCGUGGUUCAGGCGGCCCGGCUUCUAGUCUAAUACAACACCCCAAGUUUGGUACAGGCCACAGAUACAAGAAUCACUAUAUCAGUCUACAAAGCACAUGUGCUGAGACUUUAGCAAAGCUAUCAGAUGCCCCAUCUUUACCUAACCCACUUGUUGAGGCAUCCAAAGAGAAGAAGUCCCCUUCAGAAGAGACAGCCAGCAGUAACGAACUUGGUAUAGAGAUUGUGGAGAACCUUUCAGCUGCAGCAGGUAUUCACGCCAAAGAGAAGCGAGAUAAAACAAAGGAUGCUCCAAACUUACCACCGAGACCUCCAACACGUAGAGGGCGCCACUCAGUCCUGGAUGGCAGUCGACUCACAGAUGCACUACAGAUCCCUGUACUUUCUCUAUGUCAUAAAUUGUUGCCAGGUCAACACCUGCCUUCUGAUCUUACCCUAGCCCAGUUGCUCACCCUUCUACACAACAAGGGUCACCCACAAGGCUCCAUGUGCCUUGACUUUGCACUCAAAUUGAAAUCAAAGCGUGGAAAAUCUUCCUUAGAUCCUGAAACACCUUCAAGCAGUGAUUCAAGUGAAUUGAGUGACUCUGAUCAGGAACCUAUACCAGACUCAGUCCUGUUAGACACCACACCCUUUGCCUCUCCCCUACAGGUGUUUGCCAGUCUAGGGGGCCUUGCCCUCUUAGCAGAGCAUCUUCCUUUACUUUACCCUGAGAUUACCCGCCAGGUCAGCCCGCCUAACUCCAGCAAGGAAGUAGGUGGCAGCACUGUACCUGGGAGCGACUGGGUCACCGUGGAAUCAUCAGAUGACAUCUAUGAGGAGAUUUAUGAACCCAUACCUACGAGCACUCAUGCUAAAACAACGAGGCACGCUACACCGACACUGCCAACGAUUCCACCUCACAGCUUGGUGGCGUUUGGUCUGUUCCUGAGGCUCCCUGGCUAUGCUGAUGUGCUUCUUAAGGAACGGAAGAAGGCACAGUGUUUACUUAGACUAGUUCUGGGAGUCACAGAUGAUGGGGAUGGAGGCCACAUACUGAGCUCUCCCAUAGCUACUUCCUUACCAACGUUACCAUUCCACGUCCUUAAGACUUUGUUUGACACGUCUCCAUUGACAACGGAUGACGGGGUGCUGCUGAGGCGUAUGGCACUGGACAUAGGGGCUCUUCAUCUAAUCCUAGCUUGCCUGUCAGUCCUUAGUCACCAGGGACCCAGGACUCCUAUACCUGGAUUCCAUCAAGAGAUUAUCCUCGCUGCUACACAAGCUGCAAUGACUGUAUCUAAUAAUAAUGGAGCUCCUACCAACAAGCCAGAGCUGGAGAAGGGACAGCAUUACUGGGCCAAGGGGACAGGGUUCGGCACUGGUUCUACUAGCUCCAGCUGGGACGCCGAACAAGCCUUGUUGAGACAGCGCAGCGAAGAGGAACAUGUUACAUGUCUUUUACAGGUUUUUGCUAGUUAUGUGUGGCCCCAAACAGAUGAGACAAAGUCUGCGGAGGUAGGACGAGAACCUGUGGGUCACUCUGAGAACUCUGGUAUCCCUGACAACCUACCAGAGUUGCUAUCUCAAUCGUGCCUGGUGCCAGCCAUAUCCUCAUACCUCAGGAAUGACUCUGUGUUAGACAUGGCCCGCCAUGUUCCCCUGUACCGAGCCUUACUAGAGUUGCUAAGAGCGAUAUCAUCUUGCACAGUCCUUGUGCCCCUCCUCCUUCCCCUGGAUGAUGUUGCUAGUGACAACUCGACAUCUAUUGCCAGUCUGCUGAUGAAAAUGAAGGGAUGUGUGGAUACAUAUGCAAGCAGGCUCAAGGGUGGUAAUAGUAAGAAAGGAAAAGAUGGGAAAGAAGAGGAUGAUGAGAAUGAAGGGCUAGCUCUGCUGAUUCCUGAUAUUCAGCAGACGGCAAAUAUUGUUUAUGCUUCUUCCGAGAAAUGUCGCAAAAAGUCUGAGUCGGACAUGGAUGAUUCAGAUGAGUCAGAUGCCAAGGGAGCAUCGAGUGCUGAUGUUUCACUUGAUCAAAGAUAUCUGACUACAAUCAAAGAACUACAGUUUGAUACGUGUGAGAUGGUGACAGAUGAUGACAGUGGGGCGCUUAAAUUUGUCACACCCCACCAUUACCAGCCAAAUGUUAAAGCAGCAGGUACUGUAAAUAACGCAGCACGGUCACGUCGUCUUGCCCAGGAGGCCGUCACACUCUCUACGUCGCUUCCUCUCUCCUACAGCAGUAGUGUCUUCGUCAGAUGUGACGAGGAGAGACUGGACAUUAUGAAAGUGUUAAUCACAGGUCCAGUAGAUACCCCAUAUGCCAAUGGAUGCUUUGAGUUUGAUGUAUUCUUUCCCCAAGACUACCCCAACUCACCUCCUCUCAUCAACUUGGAGACCACAGGCAACCAUUCAAUACGGUUCAACCCUAAUCUAUACAAUGAUGGCAAGGUUUGCCUGAGUGUUCUCAAUACAUGGCAUGGUCGCCCAGAAGAGAAGUGGAACUCUCAAACAUCCAGCUUUCUACAGGUACUUGUGUCCAUACAAUCACUGAUCCUUGUGUCUGAGCCUUACUUCAACGAGCCUGGGUAUGAGAGGUCACGAGGCACCCCCACAGGAAAUGCAAGUUCACGGGAAUAUGACGCUAAUAUACGCCAGGCUACAGUCAAGUGGGCCAUGCUAGAACAAAUCAAAAAUACUAAAUCAUGUUUCAAGGAGGUUAUCCACCGACACUUCUGGUACAAACGCGAAGAGGUAUGUCAACAGAUAGAUGAGUGGAUAGAAGACUUAGAGGCCAACACCAGUGACAAGAGAACGGGACGGGCAGUCGCUCAUAGCUUGGUGGCUCUCAGACGCCAUUACAGCCAGCUAAAGGAAGAAUUUGCCAAAAUGAAAAUCCCAAGUGAUAUCGAGGAUGAAGUUGAUGAUUCAAGUAAUGAUGAUGUCAUAGAUCACAUGACCAAAGAUAAACCUGUUGCCAAGGAGACUGCACCAAGUGACAGUAAGAAAUCUGUAUCUGAACUAACUGUGACUUUAAGUAGUGCACCAAUGAUCCCUAUCUCUGUAGAAGAGACUAGUAAUGUGUCUGUCAGUAAUGGGCCUGUUGAACAGAAAGAGGAGGCUACUGAUUCACCCAUUCCACUUACUGUGUCAACUCAUACGACAGACAUUAAACCAUUGCAAAAUGGGCCAGUUGAACCAAAUGACUUUACUGACUCAAACAAGGUGACAAAUCCAUCAAUCAAUGUUAAAAAAUUAAGUGAAGUUAAAGUAUUAACUAUGAAAACAGAUAAAAGUGACCCACCCCCGGUUCCCGACACCACUUUGCCAAACACACAGAGUGUAUCCACCAGUACGGAGGAGGCGGAGUCUAGUCUAACACCAGUAGCCAAUCACGUUGGAGAAGAGGAGCAAAUAGAGGAAGCUAUUGACGAGAUUGAUGGCCCAUUAGACUAUGAUGACAAUGGAAUAUAUUAUUACUGACCUUCAGUAUACACCUGGUCAUGUAAAGCGCAGUGUGAUACAAGGUUAUCAUUGAUUUUGAUUUAACAGUCCCAUUUUGCAGUAAACGUUGUAAGGUACUUGUACAUGUAUGGAUUAUAGUGUACAGCUUAUAUAAAUUGAUAACCUGUUAUAGGUGGAUGAUAUACAUCUUCAAUACCUGCAUGUAUUUAAUGGCAAAUUAAAAAGUUGCAUUUGUAGUGAUCUGUAGCUUUCUACUACCAAUAUGUAGUAGAUAAAUGUACUAUUAUAAGAAAGAUUUAUCAUUUCUUGGAUAAAAUACUACCUUAUAUCAAAAGUUUCACAAAGACAGUUGAAUACUGAAGAUGACUUCUUAUGUUGUAUAUUAUUUAAAGCCAUUAAUAUUGUGGUUGAUUAUUGGCCUAUCUGGCCUAUUUUGUUUGGAUAUUGCUGCACUGAAACUGAAUAUUUGCCUACUAUGGUUGAAUAUUUGCCUACUGUGGUUGAAUAUUUGUCCACUGUGGUUGAAUAUU